ACGUAGGAUAUUGUUUCGCAUUUAGUCCAAUCCGUGAAGUCGAAAUUGGCGGCGGCGGCGAUCAUAUUACGUCGGGCUUUCCGGGUCAAAUUUUGUUCCCUGAGUCGGUGCGCGUAGCCACCCCACCGGAGGGUACCAGUUUAAGUAUAACCCCAGAUCGUGAAGUACGAGGGUCAUUGAGUCGUCAUAACCGCUGAGGAUGUUUCGCUGGGCGCGUCGACUGUCUACUAUGUUGCCACCUCGGGCUCCCUCUUUACGCGGUCGCCCUCUACUUGAAGCUACCAAGAAAGUGGAAGAAGAGAACUUUCCAUGGUACGACGAAAACGCGUACUAUCCCGUCCGCAUCGGCCAAGUCUUCGAGUCUCGAUAUCAAGUUCUGACGAAGCUGGGUUAUGGUACUUCGGCCACGGUCUGGUUAGCACGCGAUUCAGUGGAAAAUAAGUACGUAGCGAUCAAAGUGUGUACAAGCAAUUAUCCCAGCGUCCCACGAGAGAAGGCCGCCUUUCAGCGCUUACGCUCCAUCCGCGAGUCCUCUGUGGUCCAGAAAUGCUGGGAUAACUUCGUUGUUCGAAGCACGGAGGGUACUGUUCACGAAUGCUUUGUGCUUCAGCCACUCUGUCCGAAUCUCGCCCACUUCGGCGAGCACAUCGCCCACCGCUGGGAAGAUCUUACUUCCUUCCGUGCCACUGCACGGAGCAUCUUCCAAGCUCUGAAGUUCCUCCAUACGGAGGCUCACUUGAUUCACUGCGAUCUGCGCCAGGAAAAUUUCUUGCUCAGCACAACUACUGAUGCUGUAUUUCGAGCCAUGGAAGAGCAUGAAGCUAGUGAACCCUCCCCGUGGAAAGUUGAUGGGGACCGCGUCGUGCACACCACCCCUUAUGCAAUGAUCCCUGAUGAUGUGUCGGGCAUUGUAUUGACUGAUUUCGGCGAGGCGCGUCCCGGCGACACUUCGAUGGCUUAUUACGACGACAUUCAGCCAUUCCCGUACCGUGCACCAGAGAUUAUCUUCUCGAUCCCCUUUUCUUAUUCCGUCGAUAUAUGGAAUGCUGCAGUCAUGCUCUGGCAUAUGUUCGAAAGGGAACCCCUCUUUCACCCGUACACUUCAAAAGGCGAAGAGGUCGACUUGUUCCACUUACGACAAAUGGUCCACGUGAUCGGUCUACCUCCCUCAAGUCUCCUCGAGCGUUCCGCCGACCGAGACUUCAUCCACCAACAUUAUUUUGAUAGGAACGGACAGUGGAUCGCCAUCAUUCCUCUCGAUAGUACCAUCACGCUGGAGGUGCGGGAGCAGCGUCUGGAGGGUAAUGAGAAGGCGGAGUUCUUGCGCUUCAUGAGGAGAUGCCUGCAGUGGGAGCCGGAGAAGAGAGCCACCGCAGCUGAGCUAUGCGAUGACCCGUGGCUCAACCCGGAAUAGGGCCUUUCCACGCCAUGUAUAUUUUACCGGCUGGUUGCAUGCAUCCUAUGUCUACGUGUGUAUUUCGCCGUGCUAGAUACACAGUUUCUAGCUCAUGUUCA